UCAUAAACACUACUAUGGGACAUCAGAUUGAUUCACAUGGGUUGUGUUACUCCAUUAGUUAGAAUAUCGAUAUACAGGGUGUCACGAAAUCUAGUUAAUUCAGCGAAAUCUAAAAUUUAUUCAAGAAAAAAUGUACUGUCCAAAGAUGAAACCUUACGUUAAAUAUCAUAAAAUGUUUUUAUAUGGUAUGGGACAUUGGCCUUAUCAGACGAUAAAAACACGAAGAAUUGUAAGAUUUGUUUCCGGAACAGCUUUAUUAUCAUAUUGUGUGCCUCUUGGUGUUCGUUUUUAUGAAGCACGAAAUGAUUUUGACGAUUUUCUUGAAUGCCUCCCCAUGGCUGUGACUGCUAUUCUUAUAGCGUGGUGUUACUUUCUCUUUUUUGUAAUUAAAGGAAACCAUCUAUUGGAAUUAUUAAACCAAAUGUCAAACGAUUUUGAUAAACUUCAAUCGUUGGAGGCUGAGUUUAAAAUUUUAAAAGAAUCUACAGAAGAAGGAAGAUUUGCUGCUAUUGCAUUUAUAGUUUACACGAUAAUUUCUUCAAUCGCAUAUUGUGGUAUAACAUUACUGCCAAUAAUAUUGGACAUUGUGGCCCCACUUAAUGAAUCGCGUCCAUUGUCUUACAUUUCUGAGGUUGACUAUAUUUUUUUCGAAAGAAACGAUCAUUAUGUUUUUAGCUAUUUUCACUCUGGCAUAAUAGGCUGUUUUAGUGUAAUGCAAAUUGUUGCUGCUGAUGUGAUGCUUUACCUUUUCGUGCAACAUGCUUGUGGGAUGUUUCGCGUAUUGCGAUAUCGAUUGAAGACAAUCACAAAUACUUUAGAUAAAGGUGGUGAUUCCUGGAAAGAUUCCAUUCAAGAAAAUGAUAUCUAUAAAAAUGCUGUAUUUUGUGCGAAGAUGUAUCAAAAUAUACUUGAGUUUAGUGACAGCAUCGAUUCAUGUUUCUCGAUGGUUUUGAUCUUAGGUAUCGGAGUUACAAUAGUGUUAUUGAGUUUUCAGGGUACCAUGGUCAUGGUCAUUCUUGAAGUAGCUUUCAACGAGGAAUCCAGUGGCAACCUCGAAUUUGACCUUGAGCUUCAAAUUCAAGGUUGUUUCUUGGCCAACUUUGUUUUUCUUUUACAUGGGAACCCCUAUUUUUGA